AUGGAUUUGGUGAAGCUCUUGGGCUAUGGAUACGUUAUCCCAUGGACCAUUUCUGCAUACCCCCCCAUUUAUCACAAUUGGCAUCACAAAUCGGCCUCUGCAACGUCGAUGGACUUUGUUAUGUUAAAUGUGUUUGGAUACCUCUAUCUACUGGUGUCUCUUUGGCUUCAGCUUUUCUACUGGUUAGAAGGCUCUCAGACUACGCCUGGAAUAUCGAGACCAAAAGUCACAGCUUUCGAUUUUUACUAUUGCUUGCAUGGAUUUAUCAUGAAUUUGGUACUUCUGAGCCAAAUAAUAUGGGGUAAUGCGCUUUGGAGUUUUACGAAGGGUGGGAGUGUGCGAAUGAAGCCCAUCUACAGUAAAAUUCUUGGGCUCAGCAUAAUUCUGUGUUUGCUUUCUACAUCGCAGAUCUUAUGGCAGGGAUCACAAUUUGGUUGGGACAAUCAAAAUACCUUGGUAUUUUGUAACAAACUAUACUUGCUCAAAAUUUGCAUGUCUCUUAUUAAAUAUUUGCCUCAAGUGAGGCACAAUUAUGAUCGUAAAAGUAUGAACGGAUUUCCAAUCCAAAGUGUGGCCUGUGACAUUCUGGGUAGUGUUUGCUCAUUGUCCCAGCUAUCAUUGCAAAUAGCACGGGACGAGCCAGUCUUCAACCUCGAGGUAGUGGUUGCUAAUUUUGGAAGAAUCGGAAUUGCAAUGCUGACACUUUUCUUUAAUUUUGUUUACAUAUCGCAGUGGUUGGUGUAUAGAUAA